UUUUUUUUUUACUCACUAUCUAUCAUAGACAUAAUGACUUCUACUACCACUCCUUCAGAACGAAAAUCAACAACAUCACCACCAUUGCCGUCUUCACCUUCAGAUACAUCCAAUAAAACUCAUUUACAACAAAAACGAUCAUUACAGGAAGAACCACCAGUGAAGGAACGAAAAAGCAGAAAGGCACCUCAUGAAUUAUUGACUGAUGCUGAAAAGAAAGCUAAUCAUAUUGCGUCUGAACAAAAACGUCGACAGAAUAUUCGACUAGGAUUUGAUCAACUGAUUGAAAUUGUACCUGCUCUCAAUACUGGAAAUAGGAGUGAAGCUCUUAUAUUACAAAAAUCGGUAGAUCAUAUCAAACAAUUGAUAUCUGUGAAAAAUGAUCUCAAGGAACAAAUACGUGAUCUUCAGGCCCUUUUAGGUGAAUCACCUUACGAUGAAGAUUCCUCUGAAGAUGAUUUGGCAUAUUCUGCGUACUGAUGGGUUUUUUUUCUUCUUUCUUUCACACACACACACACACAUAUUUUGUUAUCUUUUUUAUAUUAUAUAGAUACACCAUAUUCUUCCCUCCCUCUCUUUUUUUUUAUAUUUUUUUACUGGUAUCCUUCGAACUCUCCAUGCCAAUUAUCAUCAUACUUGAUUGAUACUUUUGUUUUUAGUUAUGUCCAUUCGUUGUUAUUCCUUUUUGUUUAUUCAUUUCAAAUAAAAAUCACAUAUU